GUCAUAUAGACUUAAAAUCUAUUCUUUAUGUGUAUUACAGCGGAUAUCAAAGCAGAACACGCAGAUCAAAGAGUAUUUGAGAUUGCUUAGGAACGAUAUCUCUAAUAAUAAUAAUAAUGUAUUACGUUCUCUUUAGAUAGCGCAACUCUGCAUUUUUUAAUUGGCAUGGAGAGAUUUUUCUUCAUUAGCUCGGCCAGUUGUAUCACAGAGCAGAUUUCUUCUCCUGCCAUGGUGAACUUUAUUGUGGGAAACUGUUCGUUUAGUUUCAUAACAUUCUGUUUUAAGUAUGAUGAAAUGAGGGAAACAUACAGACUAAAUUUUAUAAUAAUGUUGAGUUAUGGUUUUGCGAGCUGGCAGAUUACCUUCAAAGGUUUUCAUUCACAAGCCAUGUCAUUGUAGAGGAUGUGGACUGAAUAAGACUGCACAUUUUCCAUGCUCCAAUUGCAAUCAUAAAAUGCAAUUGCCAUCCACAACAUUAUGUAGAGAGUCACUGCACAUUUUGCUUACUACACACAAUGCGCUUUUACGAGGGAAAAAAGUCGUCCCUUGCAUCGGUUACAGGCGAUUUGCCUUCGCUACAGGCAGAAAUUUUGAUGAUAACCUUAUUUGCAUGUAUGUCAAGUGCGGAAGUUUGGUAGAUGCCCGUCAAGUGUUCGACCACAUGAAGAAACGAGACCGGAUCUCAUGGAAUACGAUUAUUACAGCGUACAGAAGACAUGGGUGUCCUCGCGAGGCAGUCAAACUGUUUCAUCAUAUGCAACAAACAGGUCUCAAACCUGAUCAGUUUACAUUUGCCAGCGUACUCCCAGCAUGUGCCAAAAUGGGAGCUUUGGAACAGGGCAUGGACAUCCACCAAAGCAUAAAGAAUGCUGGAAUUUUUUCAGAUGUUGUUGUUGCAACUGCUCUGGUAGACAUGUAUGCAAAAUGUGGAAAUAUAGUGAAGGCGAGUGAAGUGUUUGACAAAAUGCCUCAAAGAAAUGUUUUCUCGUGGACUGCAAUGAUAGGAGGUUAUGUACAAAAUGGAUUUGUUGAAAAGGCUUUAGAAACUUUCAAGCAAAUGCAAUUGGCAGGUUUAAAGCCAAACUCCACAACCUUUGCCAGCAUCCUCCCUGCUUGUGCGAAAAUCGGAUCUUUGGAAUUGGGCGUGGACAUCCAUCAAAGCAUAAUUGAAGGGGGAUUUUUGUCAGAUAUUAUAGUUGGAAAUGCUCUGGUAGACAUGUAUGCAAAAUGUGGAAGGAUAGACAAGGCCCGUGAAUGUUUUGACAGAAUGACUCAAAGAGAUGUCAUCUCAUGGAAUGCAAUGAUUGCAGGAUAUGCACAAAACGGAUUUGCUGAAAAGGCUUUAGAAACCUUCAAGCAAUUGGAAUUGGCAGGUGUAAAGCCAGACUUCACUACAUUUGCCAGCGUACUCCCAGCCUGUGCCAAAACGGGAGCUUUGCAACAGGGUAUGGACAUCCAUCAAAGCAUAAAGGAUAGAGGAAUUUUGUUAGAUGUUGUAAUUGCAACUGCCUUGGUAGACAUGUAUGCCAAAUGUGGAAGCGUAAACAAGGCACGCGAAUUGUUUGACAGAAUGCCUGAACGAAAUGUGUUCUCAUGGACCGCAAUGAUUUCAGGAUACGCUCAAAACGGAUUUGGUGAAAACGCUUUAGAUACAUUCAAGCAAAUGCAGUUGGCAGGUGUAAGGCCAAAUUCCACAACCUUUGCCAGCAUCCUCCCUGCCUGUGCCAAAAUGGAAGCUUUAGGACAAGGAUAUGCACAAAAUGGAUUUGUUGAAAAGGCUUUAGAAACUUUCAAACAAAUGGAAUUGGCAGGUGUAAACCCAGACUCCACAACCUUAGCCAGCAUCCUCUCUGCCUAUGCCAAAAUGGGAUCUUUGGAACAGGGUAUGGACAUCUAUCAAACCAUAAAGGAUAAAGGAAUUUUUUCAGAUAUUGUAGUUGAAACUGCUCUUGUAGAUAUGUAUGCAAAGUGUGGAAGUAUAGAUAAGGCGCGUGAACUGUUUGACAGAAUGCCUCAAAGAGAUGUGUUCUCUUGGACUGCAAUGAUUGCAGGUUAUUCACAAAAUGGGUUUGUUGAAAAGGCUCUAGAAACUUUUAAGCAAAUGCAUUUGGCGAGUUUAAAGCCAAAUUCCACUACUUUUGCCAGCAUCCUUCCAGCCUGUGCAAAAAUGGGAGCUCUCGAACAGGGUAUGGACAUCCAUCAAAGCAUAGUGGAAGGAGGACUUUUGCCAGAUGUUGUAAUUGGAAAUGCUCUCGUAGAUAUGUAUGCAAAAUGUGGAAACAUAGAAAAAGCACGCGAACUUUUUGAUAAAAUGCCUCAAAGAAAUGUGGUCUCAUGGAAUGCCAUGAUCGCAGGAUAUGCCCAAAAUGGAUUUUGCAAUGAUGCUCUCAAAAUCUUUGAAUUAAUGAAGCACUCUGGAACAUAUCCGGACAGUGUAAGCUUUGCUUGUGUCCUAUUUGCGUGUAGCCAUGCAGGUUUAGUGCAUGAGGGCUGUACAUACUUCAAUCACAUGAGUAAAUCUUAUUGCAUUACACCUAUAAGUGAUCAUUUUGUGUGCAUGGUUGACCUUCUUGUUCGUGCUGGCUAUCUUGAGGACACCCUAAAUUUUAUUAUUAAGAUGCCAUUUAAACCUGUGGUGAUUGUGUGGAUCUGUUUUCUUGGUGCCUGUAGAUCACAUAUGAAUAUAAGCUUAGGUGUAUUUACAGCGAUGCUUCUUUUUGAUUUGGAUCCUCAAAAUGCUGCUAGUUAUGUUCUUCUCUCAAAUAUCUAUGCAGAAGCAGGCAUGUGGGGUGAGGCUAAAAUGGUAAGGAGAUUGAUGAAAGAUAGAGGAAUUAAAAAAAUCCCUGGGUGUAGUUGGAUUGAAGUUCAAAAAAUGGUACAUGCUUUUUAUGUAGGAGACACAUCGCAUUCAUAGCAUAGGAGACCUAUGCAAUGUUCGAGAAAUUGGCCUGCGAGAUGAGGCAGCAGGGUGUUUUUCAGAUUCAAGACAUUUACUUAAUGAUGUGGAAGAGGAAGAAAAAGAAUUAUUUUUUUCUAUCAUAGUCAAAAGCUGAUAAUUACAUUUGGUUUGCUAAACACGUCCUUUAGAAUAACUAUUAGAAUUGUUAAGAACUUUCAUAUAUAUGCUGAUUGCUAUACUGCGACAAAAUUUAUCUCCAAGAUUAUUUCAAGAGAAAUUUUUAUGAGAGAUGCAAAUCGUUUCCAUCAUUUUAAGAAGGAACAAUGUUCCUGCAGAGAGUAUUGGUGAUGCUGAAACGUGUGAAAAGAAAAUGACUAUUGGGGUUGUGAUAUUGUAACAAAUUUAACUUGUAGAAAUAUAUGAUUUUGGCUUGAUCAUUAUUUAGA